AAUAAAUUCAGUUUGUUUAAAUUGUGCGUUGUAAACAGUUCAGUUAUAUCAGUUGCCGACAAUUCAUAUCCAGAUUAUACUAUACGACAAUAUUCUAUAUAUCCGUAUUUAACUAAUCAUGGCAUCGAGUUGUACCGAAAGUCCUGCUCUUCAAAGCGAUUCCAGUGAGCGGACCUGCUUCAUGGAGAAAUUAAUGGCGAAAAUAUUUAGCUUCUACGACGAACAGUCUCUAAUCGAUGUGACAUUUAAAGUUUCGAACCCAACGGCUCUUGUACCCGCGCAUCGUUUGGUACUCGCAGCAGCGAGUCCUUACUUCGAGGACCUUUUCAAUGGCGCUCAAGGCACUAAUCCUGUCAUAGAGAUAAAUGAUAUCGAUAGCGAUAUUUUUGAGCGUCUAAUAACAUUUUGUUACACCGGUCAGACCCUCAUUACCGUUAACAAUGUCGGUGACAUGCUAAAGGCGGCAAUCGUUUUGCAAUUGGACGAUGCCAUAACCUCUUGUGUGGACUACCUCGUGUCCCACAUUAAUGAAUACACUAUACAGGGCGUUUAUACGCUAGAGCGUGAAACGCAGUGCGAACUUUUUAAGCAGAAAAUCAUUGAAUAUGAAACACAGAAUUUCGUGGAGAUCAGCCAAAGCGAUGAGUUUCUGAAUUUUGAUUUUGAAAAAAUGCAACGUAUUCUGGAAUCUGACAAUUUGAAUAUAACUCGUGAGGAAGAUGCCUUCGAUGCCAUAAAACGCUGGUUCAAUUUUGAUGUUGCUGCGCGUCAAGAACAACUGCCACUUUUAAUAGCUUGUCUCCGGCUUACCCAAUUCGAUGCGGAAUUUCUGUUGACACACAUACAACCUCUACCUGGUUGUGAACUGCUGGCCUUCAAGGCGAUAUCGUGGAUCAGAGAGCCUGCAGCACGGACAAAGAUAAAUAUGCGAUUUACAGAACCACGUGGGGUCAGUGCUGCAAAUUGUGGUGAGAAAACAUUGCUGGCGGUUUGCUUUGAGUUAUUUGCGAUUAAUCCCAAGCUGCAACAAUAUAACAAAGCUGAAGAUAAGUGGCAGGAAUAUGCAAGUUUGGAAAUCGAUUACCAUAGGUAUAGAACUAUCUUAAAGGAUGGUAAUUUAUUAUUUAUUGGCGGUGAAAAAACUAGUGCCACAUUAAACAUCGUCCGCAGCUGGAAUAUACGGAAUAAGGCAUGGCAAGAUUUGCCUACCAUGAAACAAGCAAGACACUCACACUGCGUUGUCGAAUUAGAUGACAAAAUCUACGCGAUUGGUGGUUGCGAUGGUGGAAAGACUCUAUCGUCAGUGGAAAGAUAUACGACUUACGAUGGUUGGCAGUUCGUGAACAGCUUGAUUGUUGGACGAUAUGGCGCACGUGCAGUGAAAUUGAAUGGUAAAAUAUACAUAAUGGGCGGUAGUAAUGACGAUGUGGGCUUAAAGUCCGUCGAAUGCUACAACCCGCAUUUGAAUAUUUGGAUUCCUUGCGCGGAUAUGACAGAAAGUCCCACAUUACCUGGUGCAGCUGCACAUAAAGGUCACGUUUAUGUUUUAGGCAGUUACGGUGAUAACAGAACUGUUGAACGUUACGAUCCUCAGCAGGACACAUGGUCUAAGAUUUGCUCUUUGGAAGUUGGCAUUGGUUCUACAGCUUGCGCAUCGCUAGACAAUAAACUAUGGGUUAUUACUGGUAACUUCCUUCCUGGGAAGUCAUGUGUAUCAGUCUAUGACGAGGAAAAUGACCGUUGGGAACAGAAGUUCGCAUUGCCCGAACGAAAUAUUCAUUCCUUAUUUGUUGUACCUGAAGCCUUACUGAAGUCGAAUGAGUAACCAAUAUUAAUAAAUAUAUUUUUUGUUAUAAAUUCUCUUAUAAAAAAUACCAAAA